CCUGACGAUGUUCAGCCUGGGUUGCAUCCCCUGGUCCUGCCAGCAGGCUCAUCGUCCCAUGGGAGCCCGGGGCAGGGCCAAAGGCCGGGACCCCACGGGGUGAGAAGAGGGCAGUAGAAGAAGAGAGUCCUCCCUCCAGACGCCGAAGAAGGAGCCCUCGGAAGUUGAUGUAAAGGCAGAGAGAAGCCUGCUCUUCAGGUCCAGAUGCUGAUCGCCUGUUACUGAAACCAGGAAUUAGCUUGUCUGCCUGAGGAUGUGGCUGCUGCCUUUGAAAGAAGAUACGGGAGAAAUCUGCACACUGCCAGCUUAGAGAUGCUGCCGACAGCUUCCAGCAAAAGAAGAACCUUCGCUGCCAGAUACUUCACUCGCUCCAAGAGCCUGGUGAUGGGGGAACAGAGCCGGAGCCCAGGGAGGCCCCUGGUCCCCCACAAGCUAGGCCCUAUACUCAAGGCUGGCUGGCUAAAGAAACAAAGGAGCAUCAUGAAGAACUGGCAGCAGCGAUGGUUUGUGCUACGUGGGGAUCAACUCUUCUACUACAAAGACAAAGAUGAGAGCAAGCCCCAGGGAUUUAUUUCUCUACAAGGGACACAAGUGACUGAACUUCUUCCAGACCCUGAGGACCCAGGGAAGCACCUGUUUGAGAUCACACCAGGUGGUGCUGGAGAGCAGGAGAAGGUGCCAGCGAACCCUGAGGCGCUGCUGCUCAUGGCCAGCUCCCAGCGUGAUAUGGAGGACUGGGUGCAGGCCAUCCGCCGGGUCAUCUGGGCUCCACUGGGCAGAGGUACUUCCCGUAGUGCGCAUGCCCACCCUGUAGAACCCCUGUCAGCAGGGAUCUUUGGGCAGCGGCUGGAGGACACGGUGCACCAUGAGCGGAAGUAUGGUCCCCGACUGGCUCCCCUGCUGGUGGAACAGUGUGUGGACUUCAUCCGGGAGCGAGGACUCAGUGAAGAGGGCCUCUUCCGUAUGCCCGGCCAGGCCAACCUGGUGAGGGACCUGCAGGAUUCCUUCGACUGUGGAGAGAAGCCGCUGUUUGACAGCACCACAGAUGUGCACACGGUGGCCUCCCUGCUGAAGCUCUACCUCCGGGAGCUCCCAGAGCCGGUCAUCCCUUUCGCCAGGUAUGAGGACUUCCUCAGCUGCGCCCAGCUGCUCACGAAGGACGAGGGGGAGGGGACCCUGGAGUUGGCUAAACAAGUGAGCAACCUUCCUCAGGCCAACUACAACCUACUCAGAUACAUCUGCAAGUUUCUGGAUGAAGUGCAGGCCCACUCAGAUGUCAACAAGAUGAGUGUCCAGAAUUUGGCAACUGUCUUUGGCCCUAACAUCCUUCGGCCACAGAUAGAGGAUCCAGUAACCAUCAUGGAAGGCACCUCUUUGGUUCAGCAUCUGAUGACUGUCCUCAUCCGGAAACACCAACAGCUCUUUGCCGCAACCUCCCUGGAAGAACCUGCUUCACCACGUGGUACUACUGUCCAGGGCACUGUAGAGUGGGGCUCCGAGGAGGUCACCAGGGACCACCAGGCCGAGCCUAGCAGCCCUGGCUUGCCCACACACAGGACUUCAUCUCUGGAUGGGCCAGCUGCUGCAGUGCUCUCUAGAACUUCUCCACCACGCCUUGGCAGCCAGACUGGCCCUGCUGCCACCAGCCCUGGGAAGAGGAUGCAUACUCUGCCUGGCUGGAAGCCUUCCUUUCGGCCGCCUGGCUCCCGGUCAGAGAGCCCAAAGGGGGGCAGCUCAUCCUUAGAGGUACCCAUCAUCUCCUCCGGUGGGAACUGGCUCAUAAACGGCCUAUCCUCUCUGCGUGGCCACCGUCGGGCCUCAUCAGGGGACCGGCUCAAGGAUUCAGGCUCAGCACAGAGACUCUCCACCUAUGACAAUGUGCCCCCUUCCAGCCACGUUUCUAGCACUGCCAGCAUGGCCAGCACAGCGUGGUCUGUAGCCUCAUCAUCCCAAGAGGCUUCUGUCAGCAGCUGCACAGCCUGCCGGGCCAGCGACUCUUCUGCCUGCAGCUCCUUACAUACCGAGUGGGCUCUCGAGGCCUCUCCUCUCCCCAGUAGCAGUGAGGACCACAGGUCCCCAGACCUGGGCCACAGCCUGGAUGAGGCAUGUGUGGGCAGUGGCAGUAGUGAGCCCAAUGACCCAGGCAGCCCCACACAAGCCCAUGUUCACCGUUGCCAGGCUCUCCAGGGCCAGGUGGCCGAGCUCAGGGCAGAGCUAUGCCGACAGAGGACUGAGUAUGAGAGGAGCCUGAAAAGCAUCGAGGAGGGCAGUGCUGACCUGCGGAAGCAGAUGUCUCGGUUGGAAGAGGAGCUGGACCAGGAGAAGAAGAAGUACGCCAUGUUGGAGAUCAAGCUUCGGAACUCGGAGCGAGCUCGUGAGGAUGCGGAGCGCAGGAACCAGCUGCUGCAGAAGGAGAUGGAGGAGUUCUUCGCCACCUUGGGGAGCUUGACUGUUGGGACCAAAGGGGCCAGAGCCCCAGAAUGAAAGGAGCAGAAGCACAUGUCUAUGUCUGCUCACUUUCCCUGUGGGGCUGGCCACAGGUUGCAGAGGAAGCCAGAAGCUUCAAGUUUGGGCCAGGCUACCAGCAGGGCCAUCUGCCCCCCCCCCCAAGUGCCAGA